AUGCUAUCUACAUCCCAAAUAUUCAUUUGCUCUAAAACUGGAUCGGACGUUGCCACAUCAGAGUCCGGCUCUUUGGAACACCCUUGGGCUACCUUGAAUUCUGCAUUCUCUUCAAACAAGCAGGAGAAUGUUCUCUUUAUGAUCCGCGAUGACUCGGCUGAACCUUACGCACCGGUCUCAAAGUCUGCUUUAAAGAAGGCAAAGCAGUUCAAUGAGAUUACCGAGAAAAAAAUGUCCAAGCUUUCCAUAAGCACUCCGAAGGCCUCUGUUCCUACAACCACUUCUGAGGAUCUCCCGCUUGUACAAGAUCCUUCUCUCCCAGAGCCGGCCCAUAUUAAGAUAAGGGAUGCCGUGCCUGCAAGAGAACAGAAAAAAAGAGUCAAGAUCGAUGGAUGGGUUCACCGCUUAAGACGCCAAGGAAAGUCUAUCAUGUUCGUAGUGCUGAGAGACGGAACAGGCUAUCUCCAGUGCUUUUUCGACUCAAAAAUGGUCAGCAAUGCGCAUGCAAAAGGGCUUUCCGUCGAGUCUACAAUUUCGGUAUAUGGAACAUUGGUCGCCGUUCCUGAAGGCCAAGUAGCACCGGAUGGUCAUGAGUUACAGGUCGAUUUUUGGGAGGUUAUUCGGAUGGCUCCUGCUGGCGAAGAUUCUUUCGAAUGUUGCCUUAAUCAGGAGGCAUCUGUGGAUGUUCUUUUGAAUCAAAGACAUCUUGUGCAUCGAGGAGAAACCGCUACAAAGAUCCUCAAGUUAAGGUCUUGGCUUCUGGGCGCCUUCAGGGGACACUUUGAAAAGUCGGGCUAUUUUGAGAUCACACCGCCUUGUAUUCUGCAGACGCAAGUUGAAGGUGGCUCUACUCUCUUUUCUUUCGAUUACUUUGGAGAAAAGGCCUACCUUACUCAAUCGUCGCAGCUUUAUUUGGAGACUGUUUGUCCUUCUCUGGGAGACGUAUACUGCAUCCAAGAGUCUUUCCGUGCCGAAAAGUCCAAAACCCGCAGGCACCUUUCUGAAUUCACUCACAUUGAGGCCGAGUUUAGCUUUAUCAAGUUUGAUGAUCUUUUGUGCCGUAUUGAAGAAAUGGUGUGCGAUGUUGUUGCCCGCAUGCUGAAGCAUCCGAUUGCAGCAGCAUAUUUGAAAGAUUUGCAUCCGGAAUUUGUUGCCCCAAAGCGCCCGUUCAAACGCAUGGAUUAUUCAGAAGCAAUUGCCUGGCUCCAGGCUCACAGCGUGAUGAAAGAAGAGGAUGGCAUGCCUUUUCAGUUUGGAGACGACAUUCCUGAAAAGCCGGAGCGAUUCAUGACCGACACCAUUGGGGAGCCGAUUUUCUUGUGCAGGUUUCCCGUUGAAAUCAAGUCGUUUUACAUGAUGAAAGAUGCUUCCGAUCCUCGCGUGACCGAGUCUUGUGAUCUGCUUAUGCCAAAUGUUGGAGAGAUUGUCGGUGGAUCUAUGCGUAUCUUUGAUGAAGAGGAGCUCAUGGCAGGCUUCAAAAGAGAAGGCCUGGACCCGGCCCCUUAUUAUUGGUUUAUCGACCUCAGAAAGUAUGGAUCGUUUCCGCACGGUGGAUUCGGGCUCGGCUUUGAGAGAUUCAUGGCUUGGCUUCUUAAAAGAGACCACGUGCGUGACGUAUGCCUGUACCCGAGAUACAUAGGCCGCUGCCUCCCCUAA